AUGAUAUUUUCCCCUUUUGUUUUAAUUCUCUUGUCUUUGUUGCCUCCCCAAUGGAAAUGCCAUUUUUGCAAAUUUGAAAAGAACCAGGGGAAGUAUUUAUCCCCCCCAGUUGGAAAAGUGAGGAAGGACUCCAGGCUUUUUUUCCGGUUGCAUAGAAAGGGUAGUAGAGAUUAUCACCCAUGGAGAGAACAACAAGGUAUGUCAGUAUGCCCCUUAAGGGGGGGUAUUGUCUGUUUACAAAAUGAAAGGCCGAAUGACUGUGUAUGGAACCGACUUAGGUUAAAUACCCUACUUUGUGUUAGACCUUUCCAGCGCGAAUGUGCCUCCAUGUGCAGAAGUUUUGACAAACGGGGAAAGAACAAUACGACGCAGUGGGAAAGAUACAACAAGGAAAAGGCUCAAACGAUGUUUAUUUGGAGCAAGACAGGUUUCAAUUUUCCUAAGCGCAAAAGAGGUGGCAGGAGUGACCGUGCUUCAGGCGGAACCAUCAGCUGGAACAUCGGCACACGGUUUGAAGUUCAUAGGAAGGGGAAGUUACUACCUUGGGGGGGAGAAAAGGAUAGACUCCAGGACAGUUUCGCGCAAAUCACAAACGAUGUAAACCUUCCAGAUGGUAUUCCCACAGUGGGAGAAUCAUGCAACGGUUUCGAAAUGCCCCGAGACAGACCCUCAUCCUCCGAGUGCACUAAAACGUUUCUAAGAAACAUUCUGCAGAGAAGCUCCAUACAUAAUUGCACACAAAAUGAGGGCCUGUUCAGGAUGCUAAAGGGGAUAAACGCUCUGCUUAGCAAAUUACAUGUGAGUGAUUACGGAAAGGAAGACGAAGGAGGGGGUGUACUAGAUACCCAAUCUGUGUCUACAAAUGAGGGAGAUGCCAAAAGUGGAGAAGAACAAAUGAUUAAUGUGCACAACCUGAACAGGGGUACCCUUUCUAAGCGUAACUACCUGAACAAGACAGGCGAUUUUUCUACAACGGAUAAACAUAAUAUGAGUGGUGAACACACUUCUGCGUCUUCCUCCCCUCCCGAUGUACCCACAGGAAAGGAAUUUAAAACGUGGGGGUUGCCACUCAAUUUGAUGCUUAUAAAAUCGUGUGUCGAUAAAGUUGUAAAAUCCGUGUGUGCAGAUGAUCACGCUGAGAGGGAAAUUUCAAAAGGAAGUAACAUCUUUGUUAAGUGCGAAAAUGUUAUCCAAAAAAGGUUGUUCUUUCAUUUGGUGUGUCUUCACACACGGAUGGCGACGUGGACAGGGGGACGCCGAAGGGAUGUGAUUCUAUACCUUUACAGAGAGGACGAAGAGGAGGCAGAAAAUUUCUACAGCCAUUUGAAGGGUAUCUAUUCGGAAGAGUCGGUCAGCUUUUUUAAUUACAAAAAUUGCAUACAUAAUGAUAAGACGGCUUUUAUAAUUUUAUUAUCGUAUUAUGAAUUCUUCAACUUAACUCUACACGUUGCUAACAAAACGCCCGCUGAUUUGGAGGGGUACCUAAACGGAAAGGCGAGUUAUGGCUCUGGAUGUCCAAACCUGUUUUCCCUUUUUUCGCAGUUGCUUGUAAGUGAGCCCCACGGUGUUGCAGCGAAAUGCCACGAACCGCAGCACAAUUUUAAAAUAUUUCUAGACGAUUUCAACGUAACAUAUAAUUAUGGCCAAAGCGCGAUAGAGAAAAAUCUUUACGAGCAUCUUUUCCCUGCGAUUGACUUGCGAAGGGGGAACGUCACAUUUUAUCCUCUUCUGAGGACCUCCUUCCCCACGCUGUGGUUUAAAACUUGGCUGGAACAUGUCCACAAGGAGUGCUGUUCCGUCAAUCUGCGAAAAGGGAAAAACGUUUUUAUUUUGCACAAAAGGUUUAUUCUGCCGCUGUUGGAUGGGAAGGAAACCGCCCAGUGGAGCUCCAGCAGUUCGGGUAGAAGAGGCCCAAAAGAAAUUGCGCAAAGGGACAAGGCGAUGAUAAACCCAAGUUUGUAUCCCCUUUUCGAUCUGGCUACAAAUAAAAAAAGAAAUUUCCGAACCCCACAGGUGGAACAAUACAUGUCCAUUUUUAACAAACACAGAAAAGAAAUUAUCGUGGAGUAUUUGAAAAGACACAACUUGUACAAUAUAAAUAAGUUAAAAAGGAAAGACAAAAAAAUAAAAAGGAAAUUUAAUAUAGCCAGGCGUUUUUUAAAAAAAAAAAAAAAAAAUUUGCCAGAUUUGGAAAUUUCGCACUACAUAAAUUUCUUCAUGAAUAGGAAAAAAAAAGGAAGCAUAUUCUUCAGAAAAAACGUCAUUGAUUAUGGUUAUGUGGCAGAAAGGGAGUUUCUACAGGGGAGGGAUAAAAUACACAUAUUGACCAAGGGGUUAUUGUCUGGUUGGCAUUGUGGGGACGCAUCCUAUUCAGGUGAACCGCACAACAGUGUUAAACAAAUUGAUAGUUCGCGAAAAGUGGGCAGGCAGAAGGUACAUUGUUCCAAAUGGGAGGAAGAUGAAAAGUGCGAUGAAGAAAUGAAUGCCCCGUUUUUUUUGCAAAGUAGAGGAGAGACACGCCUUCGCUUCGGUAUAGACACGUCUCUCCCAAAUGAAUCAAAACAUUUUUUUUACAAAAGUGGAGACGCACAGGAAGGGUCGUCUCAAUCUACUGCGCGGGUCGUGGCUCCACUAUACCCUUGCAUUUACUACAGAUUCGAUAAGGACACGUUCGAAAAGUUUUCCAAAGAGGUGUACGCAGGGCUUCCGUUUUUACCUGAACGGUUCAGGCGAAAAUGGAGAAGUGUGUUAAAAAAAUAUGAACAGGAAAUACGGCCAAGUUUUUCCUUUAAAAAGUACCUCCGAAAGGGGCUCUUCCUGGUCAGGGAAAAGUUAAGCAAACUGGAAAAACAGUUCAUUGGAGAGUUACUAAAAAAUGACCUUAUAAAAAUUAUUUUGUCCUGUGUAGACAUUUCUUCGGAUGCUAUUGGGGUGAACACCGUGUUUGUGGAGGAUGUGCAGGUUUACGUAAAGGAUAAACUUCCUCAGUAUAAUCGGCUUCUUAACCUGAUAAAUGGCUUACACGGGGAGGUUAUAAAACACCCGUCCUGUGGGAGCAGCUCCUACGGGGAAGAAGGCCCCCCAGGGGAUGACUUAUACAGACUCCACUUUGUAAAAUACUUUUUGUAUUUAAAUUGGGCCAAGAUAUUCAGAAAAUACACCCUGUCAAAUAAUGACCUGUUAAAUUUAUGUGCAAAUAGCACAAACUGUUUUUUAAUCCCAAGGAGGUAUGAAGACAUUUCCAUUUUGUUAAAUUUGCAGAACGAGGGUUACUUAAAUAUAUCCCAUUUGCACAAAACGUUGUUGCGUGAUUUUUAUUUUAACCUGUACAGUAGCAGCAUCAGCAGGGGGAUUUCUUUUCUCCUGAACGGGGCAGGUGAAUGGCAAAUAAAUUCAUCACCCAUGUUUGAUGACCAGGUGAGCAGCGCUCCUGAGGGAGAAAAAUCCUAUCGCUUUUUCUAUACUCAGCGGAGGUGGGGCCAAGACCAAGUGGAAGGUCUCUCCCCACAUAAUAUCAUUCAUAUGGCAAUAAAAACAGCGCAAGGCGUUCACAAAAUUUACAAAUAUAAAGAGACGAAUGAGACCAUUCUGGUGGACCGUUUUUUGGGCAUGUCGAAUGAGACGGCCUACUCGAUUAACUACUUCGACUUUUUGUACUUUCACUUUUUGACGAACAAAAAUAUUGGAACAGUAAAAAGGCAGCUCAUAAAUAACGUGUUCGAAUUUUACGCCGUUCAGAGGAAAGAAUGGGAAAAGGUGUUUGUCACCUCCGACAGGGAGGACAAAAUGAAUGACUAUCUGGAGAGGGUCCAAGAAAUAAAAAAGUAUUUCCCAGAAGAUUACGCAUAUGUUUAUUACGAUACGUUUGUAAAAUAUAACAACGUAAGGAAGGAAGUGAGAAAGAAAUUGAGAAAUAUAUACAGGCAAAAGUAUAGCAUGCUGCGUGAAAGCAUCUGUGAAGGAGACCAAACUGAUGUGGUCCUGACUACUGUCGACGAGGAGCGCUGCAUCAUUCUGGACGUGUAUAAAAUGAACCCAUCCAUGGGGGAGAAAAAAAAAAAACAGAAAAGUGACCUGUACGUUUGCGCCAACAGCAAAGGUGACCUCUUCAUAUGCAACAUAUUCUUUUUUGAUAGAGUCUUAAAGGAUAAAGAAAUGUGUGACUUUAUUAGGGAAAGAAACAAAGGCAUAAACUACGUUGAUUUUUUAUUUGGCCAAAGGGACGUGGUUAAUUACGAGCUGCUUUUUAAUGAGCGCCACUUCCCCUUUGAUAUUCAUCUGGGAGAUUGCAAAAACUGCGCAGACGGAAAGGACAACAAGUGUCACCCCACAGACGGGGAAAAAAAAAAAAAAAAAAAAAUUUUCCACCAAUUUGUAGUCAACAAAAUCAGGAUAAACGAAACUUCGGGCAGUCAGAAAAAGUGUAAUAAUAAUAAGGAGGAACAAAUUUCGCAACCGCAUGGGGAGGAAACGAAAAUGGUGAAUGUGGAGGACUUAUUUAAAAAUUGGUACAGCGAAAAUUUGUACAGUCGGAGAAGGAGGCUUUCCCUUUACUGGAAAAAGUUGAUGACCUUGAAGAGGGAAAUGCUUAAUCAAUGCGCCAGCAGGUUGAACAAGGACAUGGGGAAAAAUGCACACAUAGGAUGUGUAGAAGAGGACCACUAUAACAAAGCGGAACGGCAUCCCGUGGAGGAGAAAAAAAAACCUGUGACGUACGAAGUGAACCGGUUCAGCGAAGGUGCCACGACAAGUUGUGUGACGCGGAACGGACACUGCCAAUCAUCUGAAAACAAAAUUAUGAGCGCGAAAAUUAUGGGCACCCUCAAGAAAUACAAAAAAAAAAAAAACAGUGGAAAUAGAAAUAAUUACACAAAGGAGAUGAACAAAGUGGAUCGAAUAUUUGGAAACAAAAGAAAGACCAUAAUGGAUGAAUUUAGGAACAUGUUGUCUUUUCUACAACACCUCGAUCUUAUCGACACGCUCAGGAAGUUUCUAAACCCAUACGUUCGAAAUAGUCUCUGGUUUUACGUCAUAACUCUGUACCUUAACCAGCAGUAUGAGAUUGACCCAGGGAAGUUCCUUGUCCAGCCGGAACGCGUAAUUAUAAUUUUUUACAUAUGUUUUUGCAAAGGAAAGGGGGAUUACUUGGGGAACUAUUUGGCUUCUUUUCAAGUCGAUAACGAUGGAUUGCGGGACGUUGUCGUGGAUGUGUUUGCAUACAAGCAGUUGUUAUGCUGUGUGCAGGACAGGUUCCAAAUCAACGUGGAAAUCCCGUUCAACCUGGAGGGCGUGCAAAACGUGUACGAUGGGUUAAUUAAAUUAAGGGAAAAAAAGUACACAGAAAUGGACCUCGAGGUGAAGGCCAAACUGAGUAAGCUGAGCACCAUCGUUCAGGUAUGUAUUUCCAACAAUUUUAACCAAGGCGUAAAUCAAAUUCUGCUUAACUUUGUUCGUUCUGUGGACCACAUGAGGACAAUCACCCAGGUGAUGUAG